UGUCCGUAUUAACUACUCUGUCUUCAAGAAUCUUUUGCUGCGGCAGCCAUUCCGGAAACCCUGAUACAGGGGAUAUUUUCGCCAUAGCGGCUAACUUACGAGCAGGUUCAAACAGUGUCAACAGUUGCAGCAGUUAUAAGGACAUAGAUACGACAGCGCUCCUUUCAGCUUCCUUAAGCGGCAAUAAGGAGCUCGUAGAAUUCGACUGGGACUGGCAUUCUCCCUAUCCAAAGUGGGCCCGGGUCAGACAUCAUUCUUCAUCGCGGUCGGAACUGAUGGCAAUGCUAAAAGCAUCAAGUCAAAUUGAAGAUUCGGUUAUCUUGUAUUUGGGCGCAGUAGAAAGCGUAGUCGAUCAUUCGGAAACUGCAGCCCCGCCGGAGAUGAUCGAUGCGAGUGAGUCAGCAGUUUCGGUGCUUUUCCAAAUUAACCAGCCCGGGCGGAAUUUAAUUAUUCCUUCUUUGCCUAAUAGCCAGGGCAGUGACAUAGCAACGGGCAUCAGAGAAACUAAAAAAACUGCCAAAGGCUUGAACGAAAUUUGCCGGCUCUUUAGCAGCAAGAUUCCACAUAUAUAUAAUGACAGCACCAGAAAUAGAUGGGUUACGGAAAACGCCCCCAGCAUGCCCAUAAGAGCUGUGCACAGCUAUCCAUAUUAUCAACCAUUGAUAAAGAAGAAUCAGUCCGAAAGAGAGGGGGAAAAUGAAGCAAAGGCCCAGUUGAACUGUUAUCCGGAUGAUGUCAAUGAAAGAAAACAUGGCCGAAUCAUAGCUAUUCAUGGCGGCAUAAGAAAUGUUAAGUUUUUUUUAAAAGAACAAAAAUCUACUUGGAUAGUACAGGCAGUCGGUUUUAAGCGUUUUUCCCCGGUUGAGGGUACAGAAAAGAUGGACUUUGGAUCGUCUUUUUUGUGCCCUUUACUGGAAGCAAAAUCUGAGUUUGUUAUGCCUGUAGAAAAAGGAGUCACCCUCCAUGACCAGCCGCAAGUGUUUCCGGAUGGAAUCCGCCCUCGGGGACGGGAAGGGGGUGAUGUGAGCCGAAAUCACCGGCACCGAGGGCCCGCAUCAGCUCACAACCCCGUGCGGCUACCAGCAGCUUUGGCGCGUAGAGACCGAAUUCGUUUCUGCGGUGAGCCUGAUAGUCUUCAUUUAAUUCCUGCAGCAUCCGGUCGACAUGAUACAUCAGGGCCUCACAAUCGCCUUCC